AUGUCAACAAAAACUGAUAUUUCUACUGAUGAAUUGGCUUCGUUAUUCAGCAAAGCUGGAUUUGAAGAAAAAAAAUCAUUAGAGAUAGUUAAGAAUAAAAAAGUUGCCUCUGCUUUAUACAAUAUUUUAGGCACAAACUUCCCCAAAACCGAUGAUAAGAAAUUAUCUUUGUUACAUCAAUUGGCUAUACAUGAAAGCAAAAAUGGAGAGGAACCAAACCAUGACUUUGUCAUUAAUGGAAUUCAAAAUGGAGAUUUGAAAACUGCUUUGCAAGUGACUGAAGGUAUCAAGUAUUUACAGAAUAACACAACUGUUGCUAAAGAAAAAUUCGAUGAAGCUAGUGGUGUGGGUAUUGAAAUUACCCCUCAACAAGCCAAGGCAGAAAUUUCAAAAUACCUUGAUUCUAUUAAAACUGAUUUGGAAAGUAAAAGAUAUUCAAUAUUACCUAAGGUUUUGGGUGAAGUGAAAACUCAGCCAUCCUUGAAAUGGGCCCCACCUCAAUUAUUCAAACCAAUUUUGGAUGAAGAGUUUUUGGCAAGAUUGGGUCCUAAAGACGAAAGAGACGUCAAGAAAAAGGAAAAAAAAGUCAAGACACCAACUUCUGGUGGUGCUACCAAAAAGCAAGACACUGGUUCUGAACCAGAACGUUCUAUGUUUUCUGAAGGGUUCCUUGGUGAUUUGCAUAAACCGGGUGAAGAGCCUCAAAUGUACCCUGAAUUGUUGGAAGAGCAUAGGAAAUUCAUUUGCGAUAAAGUAUUUACUCGUUUCCCUCCUGAACCAAAUGGGUUCUUGCACAUUGGUCACUCCAAGGCCAUUAUGGUUAAUUUUGGAUACGCUCAAUUCAACAAUGGUAAUUGCUACUUGAGAUUUGACGAUACAAACCCUGAAGCUGAAGAGGAAGUUUACUUUAAUUCCAUUAAAGAAAUGGUUUCUUGGUUGGGGUAUAAGCCAUGGAAAAUUACCUAUUCUUCCGACUAUUUUGAUGAGUUGUACGAAUUGGCUAUUAAGUUGAUUAAAUCAGACAAGGCAUAUAUUUGUCAUUGUACUCCUGAAGAAGUCAAGGCUUCUCGUGGUUUGAAAGAAGAUGGUACGUUAGGCGGUGAAAGAGUUGCUUGUAAGCACAGAUCCCAAUCCGUAGAGCAUAACUUGCGUGAGUUUGAAAACAUGAAAAACGGGAAAUACAAUGUUGGAGAAGCAACAUUAAGAAUGAAACAAGAUUUGAAUUCCCCAUCACCGCAAAUGUGGGAUUUGGUCGCGUAUCGUGUUUUGAACACACCACAUCACCGUACUGGUGAUAAAUGGAAGAUUUACCCCACAUACGAUUUCACCCAUUGUUUGGUUGAUUCUUUUGAAAACAUUACCCAUUCAUUGUGUACUACAGAAUUUGUCUUGUCUAGAGAAUCUUAUGAGUGGUUGUGUGAUGCAUUACAUGUCUAUAGACCAGCACAACGUGAAUACGGUAGAUUGAACUUAACUGGUACCAUCAUGUCCAAGAGAAAGAUUGCUAAAUUGGUCAACGAAGGUUACGUAAGAGGGUGGGAUGACCCAAGAUUGUACACAUUAGAAGGUAUUAAAAGAAGAGGUGUCCCACCAGGUGCAAUUUUGUCUUUUAUUAACACCUUGGGUGUCACAACUUCUACAACAAAUAUUCAAACAGUGAGAUUUGAAAGUGCUGUGCGUAACUACCUCGAUCAAACAACUCCAAGGUUAAUGAUGGUUUUGCACCCAAUUGAGGUUGUUAUUGACAAUUUGGAUGAAAGUUUUAGUUUGGACGUCGAGAUUCCAUACAAGCCAGGUAAGGAUGAAAAGUCUAUGGGAUACCGUAAACUUGCAUUCUCCAAACAUAUUUACAUUGAUGAAAAUGAUGUUAGAUCUGAACCUGCAGAUAAGGAGUUUUAUAGAUUGGCUCCUGGCCAACCAGUUGGUUUGAUGAGGGUUCCCUUCAAUGUCAGUUUCAAAUCAAUUGAAGAAAAAGAUGGAAAGAGAAUUGUUCAUGUUCACUACGAUGAAGGGGUCAAGGCUAAACCAAAAACCUAUAUCCAAUGGAUUCCUAAAAAUACUGCUGUUCACAUCAAAGAGGUUAGAAUCUACAAUCAGUUAUUCAAGAGUGAAAACCCUUCUGCACAUCCUGAAGGGUAUUUGAAAGACAUCAAUCCUGAUAGUGAAGAAGUUUUGCGUAAUGCCGUUGUUGAAGAUAAUCUCAACGACAUUGUGUCAAAAUCUCCAAUGAACAUUGAGAUUCCCGGCAGUGCAUUUAACAUUAAAGAGAACAAAGGUAACAAUACUGUUAGAUUCCAAGCAUUGAGAGAAGGCUACUUUUGUUUGGACAAGGAUUCCAAAGAAGAUGGUUUGAUUCUUAAUAGAAUCGUGAGCUUGAAAGAAGAUGCUGCUAAAAAAUGA